AUGGUCUGGACUCGCAGUCAAACUGCCUUCAUAGCGAGAGGCACUUUCAGAUUCCUGGACCUACCGCCAGAAAUCACGGCAAGGAUAAUCAACAACCUCGACCUCAAAUCCAUUCAAAGUUUCCGUCUAGCCAGCCGGCAAUUUGCUUCACGAUGCCUCACGCCGCAUUUCCUCGGCCACUUCGCACAUCAAAAGCUAAACCUCCUCCUCGAAGAGACCACCAGACUCGCCGAGAAGUCGACCGGCAGCGCCAUCGUUAGCGUAGCCAUCAAACACGUAACGAUCGACGCGACCAGGUUCAGCUUCCUCGACAGUGAGCAAUACGACGACGAGCUGGUCGAUAGCAUGGCGACCGCUUUCAGGGCAAUCAGCUCCCUCGACAGAAUCGAAAUCGGGGGCCCGCAGGAGAAAUUGGGCGGACGAGCGAAGGGUACGGCGAUGAAAAGGGGAGCGAAGAUUCCGCGCAUGUCUGAGCCAGUCACUCAUCGUGCUGCUGCGGGAUUCACCCUCGUCAUGUCGGCCAUCGCCAAGAGCGGGGUCGCGAUCAAGGAGCUUGUCGUCUUCCGAGCCCCAGCGUGGUGCAGGGGCAUGUUGCAGAGCAUCGUCUUUGCAGAGCUUCUUCCGACGCUCAAUGCAAAGAAUUCACGUUUUUCGGACGCCGCCGGAGCGAUUAAGAAGUUUUCCACAAGCCUUGCCACUAGACGGAAUCUCCUGGAAGUGCGCCAUGGUCUCAUGGGCCGCCGUGAACGCGACGAUCAUUGCCUGCCGGCAACAAGCUCAUUAGCAACCGCCAAGGAGAACUUCUUCGGGCUCGCCGGCAUGCUGCAUCACAUGCCCAAUCUGAAGACACUGGACAUUCACUUCUACGACACAUUGAUAGGAACGACAGAUGCCUACAGCGAGAUAUUUGAUUUCAUUGCCGAUUCGCUCACGUUGCCGUACCUGGAGAACCUAUCUUUGGACAUGUUACCCGUCAAGGAGAGAUCUUUGCUCAAGUUUCUGAAGAAGAGUCCGAUGCUUCAGAAGGCUUCGUUCAAGUGGGUUCGUCUCACUGAAGGGACCUGGAAACCUAUCUUCAGAUACCUAUCCGAUGAAGCACCGCACCUCUCAAAGAUUCAUCUUGCUUCUAUUGCCGACAGCAAGACUUCCAUGGUCAACCUUUGCCCGUCGCGCGGUUCAAAGAGUUCGAAGAGUGAGCUCCAUGAUCUUCUGGGUAAGGAGACAGAGGCGGGAAACGGAUAUGUUUGCUCAGAAGGCACGAUGAUACACAGAAGAGAGUUCCGUGAGGGACAAAUUCGUGGGGAACUGGUCUUUGAGGACGAACGCGUGGGCUCCCCACUGGACUCUACGGAGUGGCAGAAGUACACAGCUGUGCUGAAGGCCAAAAGCGACCGCAAUUGGGAAAAGCUCGAAACAGAAUAUGGGUACUAA